AUGGAAGAGAGUAAUCCAGCAGCAGCAACAACAACAGCAACAACAGCAGCAACAGCAGCAACAGCAGCAGCAACAAGAAUAACAGUAGAGACAAGUAAAGGGAUGCAGCAGCUGCAGCUGCUCAAGCAGCUGCAGCAGCAGCAGCAGAACCUCCCACACGAGCAGCAGCUAGAGCUGCUGCAGCAACAGCACCAGCAGCUGCACCAGCUGCAGCAACAGCUACAGCAACAGCAGCAACAGCAACAGCAGCAGCACCACCAACAGCUGCAACACCCACAGCAGCAUCAGCAACACCUGUACCAGCAGCUGCUGCUGCAGCAAGAGCUGCAGCAGCAGCCGCAGCAGCAGCAGCAAGAGCUGUACCUCCAGCCGCUGCAGCAGCAGCAGCCGCUGCAUCAUCAGCCGCUGCAGCAGCAACAGCAGCAGCAGCAGCAGCAGCAGCCGCUGCAGCAGCAGCAGCUGCUGCAGCAGUAUAGCGAAUCAGGGGAGAGAAGGGAAACGUUUGGUGGUGUCUCCCUCCUAGAUAGUCUUUAA